AUCACUCUUCAUCCUCUUCUGUCUCUCUCUCUCUCCAACCUUUACAUUCAACUAUUCAAUAGAGAUAGAGAUAUUGAAACAGACACUGGCUUUUUAAUUAUCAUUACCUUUAGAAAACACCCCCAAAAUUUAUUAAUAAUUUUCUCCAACUGGGUUUUCUUGUCUCUUUGUGCUCUCAAAUACUCACUACUUAUCCCCUCAUUUCUCGCUCUCCUUCUUCUUCCCCUGUUUAUCCCUUCAUUUUCCAGCUCAGGAAAGGUGAGAGAAAAUGUUGGAAACAUUUGACUUUGAGAAAGUGAUCAAAGAGUUUGAAGAAAUAACAAAGAAUGUAGGGAAAGUACAAGAAGAAACAUUAAGGAAGAUACUAGAAGAAAACGCGGUGGCUGAAUAUCUACAAGAUGUAGGACUAAAUGGAAGGACAGAUUCAGAGAGUUAUAAGCAAUGUGUUCCUCUUGCAACUCACAAGGAUUUAGAACCUUAUAUUCAAAGGAUCAUGGAUGGAGAUACUUCUCCUAUUCUUACUGCCCAACCUAUCCCCACUAUGUCUUUGAGUUCUGGAACAACUCAAGGGAAGCGCAAGUUUGUACCUUUCAACGAUCAACUGUUUGAUAAUACUAUGCAAAUCUACCUUACUUCCUUUGCAUAUCGGAACAGAGAAUUUCCUAUCCAAAAUGGGAAAGCAUUGGUUUUCCUUUACAGUAGCAGACAGUUCAUAACCAAAGGGGGUUUACCAGCAGGAACAGCAACUACAAAUGUAAUCCGCUACCCAAAGUUUAGACAAUUAAUGAAAGGAAUACAAUCCCAAAGUUGCAGCCCUGAUGAAGUAAUUUUCGGGCCUGAUUUUCAUGAAUCCUUAUACUGUCAUCUUCUCUGUGGUUUACUACACUACGAGGAGAUCCAAAUCAUUUCCUCCACAUUUGCUCAUAGCUUAGUACAAGCAUUCCAAACUUUUGAACGAAUUUGGGAAGAUCUUUGCUCAGAUAUCCGUGAUGGAAUCUUGAAUGAGAGAGUUACUGAUCCAUCUAUUCGUGCUGCUAUGUCCAAACUGCUUAAGCCUAACCCUGAAUUAGCUGACAUGAUUUACGAAAAAUGCUCGGGUUUAAGCAAAUGGUAUGGCUUAAUACCUGAACUUUUCCCAAAUGCUAAGUAUGUUUAUGGGAUAAUGACGGGUUCUAUGGAGCCAUAUGUGAAACAAUUAAGGCGGUAUGCUGGGUGGUUGCCUUUGGUGUGUGCUGAUUACGGGGCUUCGGAAGGGUGGGUUGCUGCAAAUGUUAAUCCAAGAUCAUCCCCUGAAGAUGCCACCUUUGCUGUUCUUCCUAAUAUAGGGUACUUUGAGUUCAUUCCUUUGAAGGACACUAGAAAAAAUGGGGGUACUGAACCAAAACCUGUGGGACUAGCUGAAGUUAAAGUUGGAGAAGAAUAUGAAAUCAUACUCACCAACUUUGGAGGCUUAUAUCGUUACAGGCUAGGAGAUGCAGUGAAGGUAAUGGGGUUCCACAACUCAACUCCAGAGCUGAAAUUUGUAUGCCGUCAGAACCUUAUGCUUAGCAUCAACAUCGAUAAGAACACCGAGAAAGAUCUACAAAUCGCGGUAGAAGAAGCAAGCAAGCUAUUGGUAGCAGAGAAGGUAGAACUGCUAGAUUUCAGCAGCCAUGUGGAUUUAUCGAAAGAAGUAGGUAACUAUGUUAUAUUCUGGGAGCUAAGUGGUGAAGCUGAUGAAAAUGUUUUGAAAGAGUGUUGUAAUUGCUUGGAUCGAUCUUUUGCUGAUGCUGGGUAUGUUAGUUCGCGCAAGGUGGGUGGUAUUGGACCUCUCGAGCUUCGGAUUGUGAGGAAGGGAACGUUCUAUAAGAUAAUGUUGCAUAGCUUGAGCAUGGGAAAUACUCUUAACCAGUUUAAGACACCAAGAUGUGUUGGGUCUAGUAAUAAGCCAAUCUUGCAAAUUGUGUGUAAUAAUGUUGUUAAGAGUUAUCUUAGCACUGCAUAUUAGUAAGUUCCUUAGUGUAUUGUCCGUAAAUGUAAAAUGUUGCUUUCAUUUAUGCUUUUCUCAAUGCUAAAAGCGAGUUUUAAUUA